GUUUGGCCUCUGCAGCCGAUCGUAGUUUGGCUGAGAUUCAGAAAGUCUGAUACCAGCUGGAGGUGUGUUUAUGUCUUCACGUCCUUGUGAGGGUGAAUCGAGGCAGCGCUGCUCAACAUGAAUCGAAUCCUGAAAGUUCCCGUCAUGGCGGCCAGAGCCUUCAGCAGCUCAGCCAGACACAUGAAGAACAAAGUCCCUGAGGCCCAGAAACUCUUCCAGGAGGACAACGGGCUGCCUGUCCACAUCAAGGGAGGAACUACGGACGUCCUCCUAUACAGAGCAACCAUGACAAUAACCAUCACAGGAAUCGGUUAUUCUCUGUACUGGCUGCUGGUGGCGUCGCUGCCGCAGAACAAAUCUUAGAGAAGAAGAAGAAGAAGAAGAAGAAGAAGAAGAAGAAGAAGAAGAAGAAGAAGAAGAAGAAGAAGAAGAAGACUCGGGCUCGGUCUAUUUCCUGGAGAGCUACACUCUGUUCAUUUUACUUCCAUUUUAAUAGAUUUGCCUCCAAUGAUACAUGUGUUAAAAAAUAACCUGUGAAACAUUAA